AUGGCUUGUCUAAAACUGGACAAUGUACACAGUGACUUAUUGUCAGAUGGCAAUGAGUCCCAGAGUAUAAUUGCUUGGUACAGGAAGGUACGUUUUAUAAUUUUAGGUUUGGGUAGUCGAAAGUUGUUGGAUACAGAAAAUGUAGUGUUGUACAUGUGGGAUGAAUUUAAUUUAACUGGUCUGAAGGAAUUGUACACAUUUUGUGGUUCGUGGCUAGUGAGGGUUUUGAAGAACAUUUAAUCAGAGUAAUUAAAGAGAAUGUUUUGAAAAACUUGUCAAAAAGGUUGAAAAGGUUGGACCUCUGCAGGUCUCCCUCACACCUCUCUGAGAGGUGUGAGGAAAGGCGCGAAAGGCGUGUAUAAAUUUGUCAUGAUAUGGACCGUUCGGGUCAUGAUAUGGGCCGUUCGGGUCCAUAUAAUGGACCGACGGUUUCACAGUCAGAAAGGAUUUGGAUUGAUGAUUAUAAGGCACACUUCAAUCCCCUUAGACUGUUGACUGUAAAACAGUCAUUGCUUCUGGGGUAGUAUUAGACCAAGGAGGUUUGUUUAUACCCAGCUGGGGGUAUUAGCCUUGAAAAGGCCAUGACAACAUGCAAUUUUGUCUCCUUUUUGCCUUUUAGUGACUGACUACAGUCAUGUAUAUCAUAAUUUGCCUUAUGUCGCCAAUCCAAAGUUAGCAACAAUAGCAACUGAGACAAAAUCUGACAAAAUAGAAAGCCCAACAAAAUUGCACAAAAUCGUCCAUGAACUGCCAGAGCCUAUAACCAGUGAGUCUGCUCAAUAACCUCCUUGGUCUGCUUGAAGAGUAUGGAUUUCUUGCAACUGUCUUAGUCUUAGAACUUCAUUUCAUUUCACUCAAGAAGCAGCUAUUCACAAAUGAAUGAUGGCAGCUCCUUGAGUUAAACUGUAAUCGUUGUAUGGCAGUUUUUUUUCCUGGUUCUGUCAAUGUGUUUUGUCAAGUGUGAAACAGGAAUUUGACAAGAUGUUGCAAAGGUUUGUGUAGAAGGUUUGUGUUUACUGAUGUCUCUUUCCAUUUCUUUACAAUACAUGUUCAUUAAAUCAUGGUAAAGUCUAUAAUUGAACUUCAUUUGAAGGAACAGUUUACACUCCUUUUGCUCACUGUGUACUACCAUGACUAUGGGCCUUAUAACUUUUAGAAACACCUGGCAAAGAGACUUUCUUCUUUUCACUUUGCCCUACCUUUUCACUUUGUCCUACCCAGGUAUUAUUAUUCAUGUGUACAUGUUACUGGUCCCAUUAUCAUUCGUGAUCCAAGAAUUUGCAUAAUCUAAUUGUCUAAGCCAGUUUUCCAUGAAUGCAGUCAUUCUGGGACGUGGAAGUCAGAAGGAAGCUGGUCGUGCCCCAAAAUGGUUGAUGCAUGGUAGCAGAACAAACAUGACAGCUACGGUAACCAUGUUUCAAUGUGACUACUGUUCAAAAACUAUAGAUGGCCUCACUUUUGUGAAAUGCAAUGCUUGCAAUGAUGCAUACUACUGCUGCAAAGCCCACCAGGAUGUGCACUGGCCAGAACACGAGCCACUGUGCCUAUCAGCACCAAUUAUCCAGCUUCAGAUGACAGAAGAUAUUGUUCAACAAAUGUACCUAAAUGAUGAAACAGACUGUCAGACAGAAACUGCCACUGAAGAUGUAUCUGCUUCGUUCUUUUGCACUGAUGAUGACGAUUGCUCUGACAUAUUCUUUGGUGAAACAAAUGAGUCAUCGGAAGAGCAAACAAAGGACCUUACUGAUGAAGACGAUUGGUCCCGAAUAUUCUUCGGUGAGUCAGCCCCCACUUCAAAAGAAAGAACAAAGGACCGUCGCCUUGGUAAGUAA